AUGGUAAAUAUGAUUAUAAGUGAAAAAUAUUUGCAAACAGAUCUCAGUCAAAUUAAAAUCAAAAUCCCUCGUCUAGGGGAACAAUAUAUUCUUAAAUUUUUAGAAGCAUUUAUAAUUGCCCGCCCCAAAUUUUAUGCACAGGUUAUAGGUUUCUUACAAAAUUUUUCAUUUGACCAGGAAUUAUACUCAAAAGCAGGAAUUUCUAAACCAUUAAUACAAGCAAUAAUUAAUGGCGAUAAAAGAUAUUCGAAUAUUUUUGCUUUUUCAGGAAAAUCGUGUGAUUUAACAAUCGAAGAUUUUAUUAAUGUUUUAAUUUCAGAUCAAACAAAUCAAAAUGGUGAAGAAUAUUAUCAAAUACGUAUCAGAUCUAUAUUGGAUAAUAGUAAAUAUUCUUUCUAUGAACUAGCAGUUAAAUUUGAAUCAAUUAAUAUUUUAAAUUCGUGUAAUAUAGAUAAUGUUACACCAAUCAUGAAAGCAUUGAUAAUGUCAAGCCCAAACGAAACAAUUUUCAAAAUGAAUGAUAAAUUCAAUUUGCAGACUUAUCAAUUUACAAACCAAAUCAAGUAUGUUUUAUCUUUUGCAUACAAUAUCUCAGAGUUAUUUUCUACAUUUAGAAAUCCAUUACUCUCUUCGAUUGUUUCAAUAAAUAAUAUUAUAUCAGUAAUGAAUUUGAAUGAAAGCAAAGUUAUUCGUUUAAAGAUUCAUUUAAUCUU